GAAUCCUAGCUUGGAUUUAGGUUUUUUUUUUGAGGAAAACUUUCACCAAGAAAAAGUAGAAAAAGUAUGCAAUUUGUGGUAAAUUUCACUGCUAGUUCCUGUAUUGUACAGAAACCAAAGAAAAAAAUAUUCCAAUGUUCAAAUCAUGCUGAAUUCCCAUAUUCUCCGCCUCUUCCCUCAGGCCCUACCUACUCCCAAAACCGUCAUUAAAUGCUAUAAUUGUUCUAUUAGUUCAACAACUUCUUUUACCUUUCCCAAACUUUUAUUUUAAGUUUUCUGUUUUACAGUGUAUUUUGUUAUUUACUCUACUUCGUAUCAGAAGUACAGUAUAUUUUGUUAUCUACUCUCCAUACGGGAAAAGAAAUAAGAAAAGUAAAGAAAAAUUUAUUGGAAUGAGUUCGACAACCGAAAAGAAAUUCCACAGGGACCUCCCUCGGACACCAGUGUUCGCCUUCGGUACAUCUAAGCUCGCGGCGACGGUUCCCGGUCCGACGAUCGAGGCCCUCCAAGGCGUUGAAACUUAUGUAACGUGGCAAAAUCUGCUCCCUCGAAUGCACAUAUUGCCUUGGGACCCGACGAUUCCUACUGCAGUUUCCCCAGACCGUAAGGGCGUUCCUACGGUAGUGCACCUCCAUGGCAACAUAGGUAAACCACAGAGCGAUGGACACUCGACGUCGUGGUUCACCGCUGGAUUUAAAGAGAAGGGACCUACGUGGACUAACGCAACGUAUCGUUACUUUAAUAAUCAGCAACCUGGAAAUCUAUGGUACCAUGAUCACGCAUUGGGUUUGACUAGAGUCAACCUCUUGGCGGGCUUGAUUGGGGCCUACAUUGUCCGUGAUCCAGCUGUUGAGGGCCCACUUGGACUCCCCCACGGCAAUGAAUUUGAUCGGCCGUUGGUUGUCACUGAUCGUAGCUUCUACACCAACGGUUACAUAUACAUGAAUCGCACCGGAGACAACCCCACCAUACACCCGCAGUGGCAGCCGGAAUAUUUUGGUGACGUCAUCGUGGUGAACGGAAAAGCUUGGCCACGUUUGACAGUUCAACGUCGGAAAUACAGAUUCCGCAUAAUCAACGCCAGCAACGCAAGGUUCUACAAAUUCUUCUUCAGCAACGGUCUCAGAUUCAUCCACGUAGGAGCUGAUUCAGCAUACAUUGGAGCACCUGUCUUGACCAACGAGACUCUCCUGGCCCCAUCUGAAAUUGCCGAUGUCGUGGUUGACUUUUCAGAGUCAAUGACUGACACUGCUAUCCUACAGAACGACGCACCAUACCCUUUUCCGUCUGGUGAUUCCGUGAAUGAAUUUAAUGGUAAGGUCAUGAAAUUUAUCAUUGAGAAAAAUCAAACGGCCGACCCCUCAUGGGUACCCGAUUCGUUGAUACAAUACCCGUCUCCGGAUUCAUCUAGUGCAUCGCACACGCGGUACAUUGCUCUGUACGAGUACACGAGUUCCACCGAUGACCCGACGCAUCUUUUAAUCAACGGAUUGAAGUACGAAGAUCCGGUGACGGAGAUUCCGAAGGUGGGGACCAGCGAGGUGUGGUACGUGAUCAAUCUGACGGAGGACAAUCAUCCAGUGCACAUUCACUUGGGUCUGUUCGUGGUGUUGGAUCAGACGGAGCUAGUGAAUGAAGAUGAGUUCAAGAACUGUAUGUUGAAAAUGAACAACGCAGUCAAGUGCCAGGUCAGCAAGUAUGCACGUGGCAACAAGACGGAAGUGCCAGCUCAUGAAAGAGGGUGGAAGAACGUGUACAAGAUGCUACCUGGAUACGUGACGAAGAUACUGGUGAGAUUCGCGUACAUACAUUCCAACCAAUCAUAUACGUUCGACGCUACUGCAGAACCGGGCUACGUGUACCAUUGCCAUAUUUUGGAUCACGAAGACAAUGUGAUGAUGAGGCCAUUGAAGCUGGUUAAAUGAGAUUAUUUUAACUAAGCAGCUAGUUCCCUCCGAGGGGUGUUGGCGACCUGAGAUACACAUAGAGAAGAAAAGAAAAAUACCUAUAAAGAUGGAGAACUAUUAAUCAAUAAAAGCAAUUGUUUAUCCUCUUUAAUUUUCAGUUUUAUCUUUUAUUAAUAAAUUUGAACCAGAUUU